CGCAUGCGCACUGCCCUCCUCUCCGGCACGGCUGUGGGGGCGGCUUGUGUGCUGACACUCCCCGUUUCCCCGGGCAUCUCCAUUCAAGCGCCUGCAUCCUGCACACAUUCCACCGAGUGGGGUACUACUAGGGCAGCGAUCGCCAUUCCGGGGAGCAUGGAGAUCUCAGAGAACAACAUGGAGGGCAGGAACAAGAAGGUGAAGCUGACGGGCAAGCUGCAGAACUGGGGAAUGCAACGGGCCACCAAUGUUACCUACCAAGCUCAUCAUGUCAGCAGGAACAAGAGAGGUCAAGUUCUCGGAACAAGAAGUGGCUUUCGUGGAUGCACUGUCUGGCUAACUGGCCUGUCUGGUGCUGGAAAGACCACAGUAAGCAUGGCACUGGAGGAAUAUUUAGUGUGCCACGGUAUCCCAUGCUAUACAUUAGAUGGCGACAACAUUCGUCAAGGGCUCAAUAAAAAUCUUGGCUUUUCUCAAGAAGACAGAGAAGAAAAUAUCCGCCGUAUUGCUGAAGUUGCCAAGCUCUUUGCCGAUGCUGGCCUUGUGUGCAUUACAAGCUUCAUAUCUCCUUAUUCUAAGGAUCGUAACAAUGCACGGCAAAUUCACGAGGCCGCUAGUCUUCCAUUUUAUGAAGUGUUUGUGGAUGCUCCUUUGUAUGUUUGUGAGCAGCGAGAUGUCAAAGGCCUCUAUAAAAUGGCAAGAGCUGGGGAAAUCAAAGGUUUCACUGGGAUUGAUGCUGAUUAUGAGAAGCCUGAGGGCCCAGAGCUGGUAUUGAAAACUGAUUCAUGUGAUGUAAAUGACUGUAUUCAGCAGGUCGUUGAACUUUUACAAGAAAUGGAUAUCGUGCCCGUUGACGCAUCUUACGAAGUCAAGGAGUUGUAUGUACCAGAGAACAAACUACAGCUGGCGAAAACCGAUGCUGAAUCAUUGCCGACAUUGGAAAUAAAUAAGGUGGACAUGCAGUGGGUGCAGGUUUUGGCAGAAGGUUGGGCAACACCACUUAAUGGUUUUAUGAGAGAGCGGGAGUACUUGCAGUGCCUUCAUUUUGACUGUCUAUUGGAUGGCGGUGUCAUUAAUAUGUCUGUACCCAUUGUGUUGACGGCUACCAAUGAGGACAAGCAAAGGCUCGAUGGCUGCACGGCCUUUGCCUUGGUGUUUGAAGGCAGAAGAGUGGCCAUAUUACGGCACCCAGAAUUUUAUGAGCACAGAAAAGAAGAACGUUGUGCUAGACAAUGGGGAACAACACGUAAGGAGCACCCAUACAUUAAGAUGGUGAUGGAGAGCGGAGAAUGGCUGGUGGGGGGAGACCUGCAGGUCCUUGACCGCAUUUAUUGGGGCGAUGGAUUAGAUCAGUACAGACUGACACCAGCUGAGCUCAAGCAAAAGUUUAAAGACCUGAAUGCCGAUGCAGUGUUUGCCUUCCAGCUGCGAAACCCUGUUCACAAUGGACAUGCAUUACUGAUGCAGGACACACACAAGCAGUUACUUGAAAGGGGUUACAGGCGCCCUGUUCUCUUACUUCACCCACUGGGAGGCUGGACCAAGGAUGAUGAUGUUCCCUUAAUGUGGCGCAUGAAACAACAUGCUGCUGUGCUUGAGGAGCAUGUGCUGGAUCCAGAGACCACAAUAGUUGCCAUCUUUCCAUCUCCUAUGAUGUAUGCUGGUCCAACAGAGGUACAGUGGCACUGCAGAGCACGGAUGGUGGCAGGUGCUAAUUUUUACAUAGUGGGGAGAGAUCCUGCAGGAAUGCCACACCCAGAAACCGGAAAAGAUCUGUAUGAGCCUACUCAUGGGGCCAAAGUCCUCACUAUGGCUCCUGGACUGAUCUCCCUUGAAAUCGUCCCAUUCCGUGUUGCUGCUUAUAACAAAAAGAAGAAAUGCAUGGACUAUUUUGACAGUGCACAUGCUGAGGACUAUGACUUUAUUUCAGGAACUCGGAUGCGUAAACUGGCUCGUGAGGGACAAAAUCCACCAGAUGGUUUUAUGGCACCAACAGCCUGGGAUGUGCUUAAAGACUAUUACAGAUCUUUAGAAAAGGCAUAAAGGGCUCUAGUACAUGUUUUUUGUUAGACCCUUAAUGGACCAUAAUAAUGCUUCUUGUUCUUGCCAAUAACAUGUUUUUGAAGACCAGCAUUUGUACAUCUUUAACCUGUGCUUGGCUUCUAAAUUACCUACUUUGUAAGCUGCUUUCAAACUGCUUCCUUUUUUUAACAUUGAAACUGUUGCUGUGUAAUAUCUAUUGUUUGCCUCUAACUUUGGGUCGCUGGCGACUGGUAUGUUAACACAUGGAUGUUCCAUACUUGCCGAUUGUA